AGGUAUUUUGGGAGAAAUCUUGAAUACCUGCAGAGACCAAUAGAGCAAACACAUCACCCAGAAAACGCAGAGUACCAGGAAGUGAAGUCUUGACAUCCACGUUGUAACCUGAGUGGACUUUCAUUUGCCUUUUAAACUUAUAAAUAUUUACAAUGAAUGGGCACAGUGAUGAAGAAAGUGUAAGAAACAGUAGUGGAGAGUCAAGCCGAUCGGAUGAUGAUUCUGGGUCAGCAUCGGGUUCUGGAUCUGGUUCAAGCUCUGGAAGCAGUAGUGAUGGAAGCAGCAGCCAGUCAGGUAGCAGCGACUCUGACUCUGGAUCUGAGUCAGGCAGUCAGUCAGAGUCCGAAUCCGACACAUCGAGAGAGAAGAAAGUUCAAGCUAAGCCACCAAAAGUUGAUGGAUCUGAGUUUUGGAAGUCCAGUCCAAGCAUACUUGCCGUGCAGAGAUCAGCAGUGCUCAAGAAGCAGCAGCAACAGCAGCAAAAGGCAGCUUCAUCAGACAGUGGUUCAGAAGAGGACUCAUCUAGUAGUGAAGAUUCUGCAGAUGACUCAUCCAGUGAGACCAAGAAGAAAAAACAUAAAGAUGAAGACUGGCAAAUGUCUGGAUCAGGGUCAGCAUCAGGAACUGGCUCCGAUUCUGAAUCAGAGGAAGAUGGGGAGAAAAGCAGUUGUGAAGAGAGUGAAUCUGACUAUGAGCCAAAAAACAAAGUCAAAAGCCGGAAGCCUCCAAGCAGAAUUAAGCCAAAAAGUGGCAAAAAGAGUGCAGGACAGAAAAAGAGGCAGCUUGAUUCAUCAGAUGAUGAUGAGGACGAUGACGACGACGAUGAUGAUUAUGAUAAGAGAGGGUCUCGUCGCCAGGCAACAGUCAAUGUUAGUUACAAAGAAGCUGAAGAAACUAAGACAGAUUCUGAUGAUCUGCUGGAAGUCUGUGGAGAAGAUGUCCCACAACCUGAAGAAGAUGAAUUUGAAACUAUAGAAAAGUUCAUGGAUAGUCGAUUUGGCCGAAAAGGAGCCACUGGUGCUGCAACCACCAUCUAUGCAGUUGAGGCAGAUGGUGAUCCAAAUGGUGGGUUUGAAAAAUCUCAGGAGCCAGGCGAAGUACAAUAUCUUAUUAAAUGGAAAGGCUGGUCCCACAUCCAUAAUACCUGGGAAACUGAAGAAACACUGAAGCAACAAAAUGUUAAAGGAAUGAAGAAGCUGGACAAUUAUAAGAAAAAGGAUCAGGAAACAAAACGAUGGCUGAAAAAUGCUUCUCCAGAAGACGUGGAAUAUUAUAACUGCCAGCAGGAACUUACAGAUGAUCUACAUAAACAAUAUCAAAUAGUGGAAAGAAUAAUUGCUCAUUCAAAUCAGAAAUCUGCAGCUGGUUAUCCAGAUUACUAUUGCAAAUGGCAGGGUCUGCCUUACUCAGAAUGUAGCUGGGAAGAUGGUGCUCUCAUUGCUAAAAAAUUUCAGGCACGCAUUGAUGAGUAUUUUAGCAGAAAUCAGUCCAAGACAACUCCCUUUAAGGACUGCAAGGUUCUGAAACAGAGGCCAAGGUUUGUUGCACUAAAAAAGCAACCAUCUUAUAUUGGAGGGCAUGAGAAUUUAGAAUUAAGAGAUUAUCAGUUAAACGGAUUGAACUGGCUUGCUCACUCAUGGUGCAAAGGGAAUAGUUGUAUUCUUGCGGAUGAAAUGGGUUUAGGUAAAACAAUACAAACAAUUUCCUUUCUGAACUACCUGUUUCAUGAACACCAACUAUAUGGACCUUUCUUGCUGGUUGUGCCGCUUUCUACCUUGACAUCUUGGCAAAGAGAGAUUCAGACUUGGGCUCCUCAGAUGAAUGCUGUGGUUUACUUAGGAGAUAUAACUAGCAGAAAUAUGAUAAGAACUCAUGAAUGGAUGCAUCCACAGACCAAGCGAUUAAAAUUUAAUAUACUUCUAACAACUUAUGAAAUCUUGCUGAAGGAUAAGUCAUUCCUUGGUGGUCUGAAUUGGGCAUUUAUAGGAGUGGAUGAAGCUCAUCGUCUGAAAAAUGACGAUUCCCUUCUGUACAAGACUUUAAUAGACUUUAAGUCUAACCAUCGUCUUCUUAUUACUGGAACUCCUCUGCAAAACUCCCUCAAAGAGCUUUGGUCCUUGCUGCACUUCAUCAUGCCAGAAAAGUUUUCUUCCUGGGAAGACUUUGAAGAGGAGCAUGGCAAAGGGAGAGAGUUUGGUUAUGCAAGUCUCCACAAAGAACUUGAACCAUUUCUACUGAGAAGAGUUAAAAAAGAUGUAGAAAAGUCUUUACCUGCUAAGGUUGAACAAAUUUUGAGGAUGGAAAUGAGUGCAUUGCAGAAGCAAUAUUACAAGUGGAUUUUAACCAGGAAUUAUAAAGCCCUGAGUAAAGGUUCAAAAGGCAGUACAUCAGGCUUUUUGAACAUCAUGAUGGAACUCAAGAAGUGUUGUAACCAUUGCUACCUCAUUAAACCACCAGAUGAUAAUGAAUUCUAUAAUAAACAGGAGGCCUUACAGCAUCUAAUACGUAGCAGCGGAAAACUAAUCCUUCUUGACAAGCUACUGAUUCGUCUGCGAGAACGUGGCAACAGAGUUUUGAUUUUCUCUCAGAUGGUGAGGAUGCUGGACAUCCUAGCAGAGUAUUUGAAGUAUCGCCAGUUUCCCUUUCAAAGACUUGAUGGAUCGAUAAAAGGGGAAUUGAGGAAACAAGCACUGGAUCAUUUUAAUGCAGAAGGAUCAGAGGACUUCUGCUUUUUACUGUCUACCAGAGCUGGAGGAUUAGGUAUAAACUUGGCAUCUGCUGACACUGUGGUUAUAUUUGAUUCUGACUGGAAUCCACAGAACGAUCUGCAAGCGCAGGCCAGAGCCCAUAGGAUUGGGCAGAAGAAACAGGUUAAUAUUUAUCGGCUAGUCACAAAAGGGUCAGUAGAAGAGGAUAUACUUGAAAGAGCCAAGAAGAAGAUGGUGUUAGAUCACUUAGUAAUUCAGAGAAUGGACACUACAGGGAAAACUGUGCUACAUACAGGGUCUACUCCUUCAAGCUCAACACCCUUUAAUAAGGAAGAGUUAUCAGCAAUUUUGAAGUUUGGUGCUGAGGAACUUUUUAAAGAACCUGAAGGGGAAGAACAGGAGCCCCAGGAAAUGGAUAUAGAUGAAAUCUUGAAGAGGGCUGAAACACGAGAAAAUGAGCCAGGCCCAUUAACUGUAGGAGAUGAGCUGCUUUCACAGUUCAAGGUGGCCAAUUUUUCCAAUAUGGAUGAAGAUGACAUAGAAUUAGAACCGGAGCGAAAUUCAAGAAACUGGGAAGAAAUCAUUCCAGAAGAUGUAUUUUUGACAAGCUAGGUAAAUUUAUUCAAGCAUUUUAAAUAUGUCACUUUGAACUACUUCCUCUGCAAUUACAGAUCAGUUAACGGCAGUGAAGGAAGGCGCAGUAGAAACAGAAGAUAUUCUGGAUCUGAUAGUGACUCCAUCUCAGAAAGAAAACGUCCCAAAAAACGUGGAAGACCACGAACUAUUCCUCGGGAGAAUAUUAAAGGAUUCAGUGAUGCAGAGAUUAGACGGUUUAUCAAGAGUUACAAGAAAUUUGGUGGCCCCCUUGAAAGGUUAGAUGCUAUAGCUAGAGAUGCUGAGCUGGUUGAUAAAUCUGAGACAGACCUUAGGCGCUUGGGAGAGCUUGUUCAUAAUGGAUGCAUUAAAGCUUUAAAGGACAACUCUGGACCAGAAAGAGCAGGAGGUAGACUUGGGAAAGUUAAAGGCCCAACAUUCCGAAUAUCAGGAGUGCAAGUAAACGCAAAGCUGGUCAUCUCUCACGAAGAAGAGUUGGCACCAUUGCAUAAAUCCAUUCCUGCAGAUCCAGAAGAAAGGAAGAGAUAUGUCGUCCCAUGCCACACCAAGGCAGCUCAUUUUGAUAUAGAUUGGGGUAAGGAAGAUGAUUCCAAUUUGUUAAUAGGCAUCUAUGAAUAUGGUUAUGGCAGCUGGGAAAUGAUAAAAAUGGAUCCUGAUCUCAGCUUGACACAGAAGAUUUUGCCUGAUGAUCCAGAUAAGAAACCCCAGGCCAAGCAAUUACAGACCCGUGCAGACUACCUCAUUAAAUUACUGAAUAAAGACCUUGCAAGAAAGGAAGCACAAAGACUUGCUGGGGCGGGCAAUUCAAAGAGGAGGAAAGCAAGAACUAAGAAGAACAAAGUGCUAAAGGCUGUGAAAGUAAAAGAAGAAAUAAAAAGUGACUCCUCUCCACCACCUUCAGAAAAAUCUGAUGAGGAUGAUGAAGAGGAUAAUAAGGAUGAGAUUGUUUCAGUGAAAAAUCCACAUAAAAAAAUAAAAGCAGAAAAAGAAAAUGAAGAAAAGCCUGAGCCAGAUAUUGGUAUAAAGAAGGAAGCUGAAGAAAAAAGAGAGACAAAAGAAAAGGAGAAUAAGAGGGAUUUGAAAAGGGAGAAAAAAGAAAAAGAGGAUAAGAAAGAAUUAAAAGAAAAAGAUAUUAAAGAAAAGAGAGAAAACAAAGUAAAAGAAUCCACACAGAAAGAAAAAGAAGUAAAGGAAGAGAAGGUAAAUGAAACCAAAUCUGAAAAUAAAGAAAAAACUAAAAAAGUUCCAUUGUCAGAUACUCCGGUUCAUAUUACAGCAAGUAGCCAGCCAGUUCCUAUAUCUGAGGAAUCUGAAGAACUUGAUCAGAAGACAUUCAGUGUGUGCAAAGAAAGAAUGAGGCCUGUCAAAGCAGCAUUGAAGCAGCUGGAUAGACCAGAGAAAGGCCUUUCUGAAAGGGAACAGCUAGAACAUACUAGACAGUGCCUAAUCAAAAUUGGGGAUCACAUUACUGAAUGUCUCAAGGAGUACACAAAUCCCGAACAGAUUAAACAGUGGAGGAAGAAUUUGUGGAUAUUUGUCUCUAAGUUUACGGAAUUUGAUGCCAGAAAGCUGCACAAACUGUAUAAACAUGCAAUCAAAAAACGCCAAGAGUCUCAGCAACACAAUGACCAGAAUAUUAGCAGCAAUGUGAAUACACAUGUGAUUAGAAAUCCAGAUGUGGAAAGACUGAAAGAGAAUACAAAUCAUGAUGACAGUAGCAGGGACAGUUAUUCUUCUGAUAAGCAUCUGUCUCAAUAUCACGAUCAUCACAAAGACAGGCAUCAGGGAGAUGCUUAUAAGAAAAGUGACUCUAGGAAAAGGCCCUAUUCAGCCUUCAGCAACGGAAAAGAUCAUAGAGACUGGGAUCACUACAAGCAAGACAGCAGAUACUACGGUGAUAGUAAACACAGGAAGUUGGAUGAUCACAGGAGCAGAGAUCACAGGUCGAACCUGGAAGGAUGUUUGAAAGAUAGUCGGCCUCAUUCAGACCACCAUUCCCAUUCAGACCACAGGAUACAUUCAGAUCACCGUUCCAGUUCAGACUACAGUCAUCAUAAAUCUUCUAGAGAUUAUAGGUACCACUCAGACUGGCAAAUGGACCACAGAGCUUCUGGUAGUGGCCCAAGGUCACCGUUAGAUCAGAGGUCUCCUUAUGGUUCAAGAUCUCCCUUAGGACACAGAUCUCCAUUUGAACACUCAUCAGAUCACAAAAGUACACCUGAACAUUUAUGGAGUAGCCGGAAAACAUAACAAAGACUGACAUUUUCUGGACCCUCUUUUAGCCAUAUACAGUAAACACACACAGUAAUUGCCUUACAUGACUUGAAAGAUAUGGACUGGAUAUUCUAUCAGUAGCAGUAUUGUUACUUCUUUCCAGGAUGCAAGGUCUAUUAUCCCAACAGAAGAAAAAUAUUUUUGUAUUUAAAGUUUAUGCUGCACUGUGCUGCAAAUGUUGUGGCACCUUUUUUUAAGAAAUGGAAGAUGUUUACUUUUACAGGGACCUCAACACUGCCCCAUUCAGACUGGAUCUUAUUAUAAAACUCUUCAUGCCAGAGUGGUUCUAGGCUGAACACAAUUUAAAUUAUGUUUGUAAAUGAACUUUUAAACACUGACCUGUGAUCGUGUUUCAGGAAGGAACGAGGAGUUUGUUUUAUUUUGUUGUUGUUGUGUUUUUUUUCCUUAGAAAAGAACUCUCAAGGACUUUGUUCACUUUCCAAAGCUACUUGUUUACAUUGUACACUGCGACCACCUUGCCGCUUUUCAUCACAAGCUUGAAUAUUUAAAUUCUGUACCUAUACCUGUAAAAUAGCCAGGAUUUCUCCUGUUUGUGAUCAGUUGUAAUGCCUUUUUACAAAACAACAAAAAAAAGACACAAAAAUGGCUGUAAAUUAUUGUAAAUUAAUUAAAUGAGCUUUUUCCCCCUCUCAGGCUUAUUUUGACUGUUCCUUUCCCCACAAAC